AUGAUUUUGAAGAGAAAAAUCCCAGCAUAAAGAAGAACAACUCAAAAGCUCCAGCUAGGAAGAAGGAAGAAGAUUGUGAUACUGGAGUUUCCAACUCAGCAAAUAAGCCUGCAAAACAAAAAGGGGCGAAAACACUAGUAAAAGAAACUAAAAAAAUUACUAGAAACAAAGGGAAUUGUAACAAAGAGGAAACGUGCAAUGACUCGCUGAAGACCCCUCAGAAAGACACAAAAUUGAAGAGAGAAUCUCCUGUUAAAAAAGAGGUGAAUGAAGACAAUACUGACGAUGAUGAUGAUGAAAGUGAAGAUGAAUGGGAGGAUGUGGAAGAACUCCAGGAACCUGCCACAGAUAAGUUAGAAGCUGCUGUUCUUCCGGCAGUGGUGCUGCCAAGCAAUCCUGUCGAGAUAGAGAUUGAAACCCCACAGCAGAUGAAGAAAAGAGAGAGGAGAGAAAAAAGGAAAGCUGAGUUUGAGAUGUAUCUUCGGAGAAUGAUGAAACGUUUCAGCAAGGAGGUUCGUGAGGACACACAUAAGGUUCACCUCUUGUGUUUAUUAGCAAAUGGUUUCUAUAGAAACAGGAUCUGCAGCCAGCCAGAUCUUCAUGCCAUUGGUCUGUCCAUCAUCCCCACCCACUUCACAAAAGUGUCUGCAGGCCAAGUGGACCUUCUCUACCUUUCCAACUUGGUGAAAUGGUUUGUUGGAACCUUCACUGUCAAUUAUGAGCUUUCCACUGAAAAAGGGGAGUCGCUUCAGUCAACCUUGGAGAGGCGCUUUGCCAUCUAUGCUGCACGAGAUGCUGAAGAGUUGGUUCAUAUAUUUUUAAUUAUUCUGCGAGCAUUACAGCUGCUCUGUCGCCUCGUGCUGUCUUUUCAGCCUGUCCCUCUCAAGGAGACCAGAGCAAAGGAAAAAAGCUCAUCCAAGAGGAAAUCUCUCAGCGGUACCUCUGAGGGGCAGGAGAGCUCUGCCACAACACCCAAAGCUGUGGCAAAAAAAUGCCCCUGCAAAAAAGCCAAGCAGGAUGAGAAAUCCUCAGAGAAUGAAGAAGACAACAAGGAGCCAAAGAAACCCAAAACUGCUGAGACCAAAAGGACACGCAAAUCAAGGUGGACUACAGGCAGCCAGGAACAUAAGGAGUCUAGUAAUGAAGGGAGUAGUUUAGUGGAAAAAGAUGUGCCAGUGAGGCCCAAGAAUGAUCGCCGGAGACGAGUGGCCUCCAAAGUGUGUUACAAAGAAGAGAGUGGAAGUGAUGAGGGCAGUGUUUCGGACUUUGAGGUUUCAGAGGAGAGUGACCUCUCUGAUGAAGACUUUGAAACUGUUUCUAAAAGGCAGAGGAGCUCACUGGGCUCCCAGAAAUCAAAGGUAACGGCUAUAAAAAGCCCUAAACCUGAGACUUCAGAAUCGAGGCUCUCAAAAAAUUCAUGUGGAGCUGAGUCUAGGCCAUCAAAAAGUACAGCUCCAGCCUUGCCUCAUGCACAGAGAAAGAGAAGCAAAAUAAUUUCUAGUGAUGAGGAUGAUGGACAGCAGAAGGCAAGGAAAGCAAUGGGCACAGACCAGUGGCUGGAGGUUUUCCUUGAAUGUGAGGACAAGUGGGUAUGUGUAGACUGUGUUCAUGGUAACGUUGGCCAGCCCCAGCUGUGCUUCACAUACGCCACAAAGCCGCUCUUCUACAUUGUGGGAUUUGAUAAUGAUGGGAGUGUGAGGGAUGUGACACAAAGAUAUGACCCAGUAUGGAUGACCGCAACGAGGAAGAGCCGUGUGGACCCUGAGUGGUGGAAAGACACGCUGCAGCCAUAUAAAAGUCCCUGUGUGGAAAGAGACAAGAAGGAGGAAAAUGAGUUUCAAGUUAAGCUUCAAGAUCAGCCUCUACCAACAGCAAUUGGAGAGUACAAAAACCACCCUCUUUAUGCACUGAAGAGGCACCUCUUGAAAUACCAGGCGAUCUAUCCUGAGUCAGCUGCUAUCCUAGGGUACUGCAGGGGAGAGGCUGUCUACUCCAGAGAUUGUGUACACACCCUGCACUCCAAGGACACUUGGCUGAAGCAAGCUCGGGUGGUGAGGAUUGGAGAAGUGCCUUACAAGAUGGUGAAAGGAUUUUCCAACCAGGCGAGGAAGGCACGCCUUGCAGAACCUGCAAACCGGGACAAAGAGGACCUGGCACUGUUUGGUCGCUGGCAGACAGAGGAGUAUCAGCCGCCUGUAGCAGUGGAUGGAAAGGUUCCUCGGAAUGAAUAUGGAAACGUGUAUCUCUUCCUGCCAUCCAUGUUACCCAUUGGCUGUGUACAGUUGAGACUCCCAAAUCUGAACAGAUUGGCACGGAAGUUGGACAUUGACUGUGCUCAAGCCGUCACUGGAUUUGAUUUUCAUGGCGGCUACUCGCACGCAGUUACUGAUGGCUACGUUGUCUGUGAGGAGUAUAAAGAGGUCCUCCUUGCUGCCUGGGAGAAUGAACAAGCAGAAAUAGAAAAGAAGGAGAAGGAGAAACGUGAGAAAAGAGCUCUGGGGAACUGGAAGCUGCUGACCAAAGGACUUCUCAUCAGAGAGAGACUGAAGCAACGCUACUCUAUCAAGACUGAGCUGUCAGCACCUCAGACAGAGAAAGGAGCGGGAUUCUCUUCUGAUGAAGAAGGAGGUCCAAGUUCAGAGACUGCAGUAGGGAAUGUGGCCAUUUCUUGGCCCCAAAAUCGCCAGUUAGAGAAAAAAAAAGAAGAGAAGACAACCAGAAAGAGCAAGCGAGAAAAGAAAGGAGAAGCAGCACAGUUGUUCCCUUUUGAGAAACUCUGAUGAGAACAAGCUUUUCUUUGCCAUUUCCAGAUGCAAGAUCAAUAGUCACAGCAAAAGUAUCCUUUGCCAG